CUUUUAGGAUGGCAGUUCUUCAGUUGAUCAGAUGACAAGACUCAAAUUCCUGGAGAAGAGACUGCUGGAAAACAACAAGCACAAUAUGGAUGACAGAGCAGAGUCUGCCCAAUCAGAAAGGAGUAAUGAUGGACAGAUGGAUGCACUUCACCGUGCACUGAGGCGAAAGCGGGACUUGCUACAAAGACUGAGAGAGCAGCAUAUGUUAGAAUACCUCAACAGACCUCAUACCUGGGGAGGGUCACGAAGAUAUCCCCAGCCACAUUUUGUCACUGCCCCCCAGCCACCUCAACCAUUCCCACCCAUGGCACCAAGUCACAUUCACCACCCAGUCCCUGUUCUGCCCUCCUUGACUCUUCCACCACCUGCCCCACCUCAGGCUCCACGCAUCAUCCAACAGACUCUACCCCAGCAACCUGCCACCAUCAUACAACAGCUGCCACAACAGCAGCCUCUGAUUACUCAGAUUCCUCCUCCCCAGCUGUACCCUGCACCACGCUCAGGCAGCAUCAAAGAGGAUAUGGUGGAACUGAUGCUGAUGCAAAAUGCCCAGAUGCACCAGAUUAUAAUGCACAAUAUGAUGCUGAAAGCCAUGCCUCCUAUGGCCCUGUUGCCACCUGGAGGGUCCAGUCACUAUGCCACCCAUAAUGUAUAUCUUGGGCAGGACUGUUACCAGGGAAAUCCUAAUUUGGUAAAGCCUGAUUUCAAACCAAGAGGAAGUUCUGUCCAUCAUCAUCAUCAUCACUAUGGUCCUACUCCUGCAGCACCUCAGCUGCCUCUGAUCAGCUACCCUACAUGGCUACAAGGGGUGUCACCUAUCCCAGGAAGACAAGCAGAGGGACACCUACCCUCUUUACACCAAGUAACAACUCCUAUUACACUCCCACCGCUCAAUACGUAAGGCACACUAACACUGACUAUAUUUACACAGCGAGUAUUGUUAAUUUAUUUUACUAAUAAACACAACUGUCUGUGCAUGUGUCUUUACAGGACUCAGAUUUCUCUCUGAGAGUCCCUAUGAAAUAAAACUGCAUGGCUUAUGGCACUCGGAAAAACUGUUGGAGGUGAAGUUGUGGUUGCUUAACACUGGAAAAACGUCAAAAACGCCCUCUGACAUACAGCAUAAUAACGUUAACUUAACCAAAAACACUGUAGUUAAACGAACAAUAUUAAUGCUAGUCUAAAUAAACUUUUGCUAAUAUGAAGCAGCUAACGUUAGCUUACGCUAUGUAACACUUUUUUAACAUAGCACAUAACAGUGAACACGCAGUGUCAUUAA